GUUUGUCUUCCCCUAAGUUCCGCGGUGUUGGCGUCUGCUCCUCGCUCUCCGUUGGAUCUCUGACAUGGAGGAAAUGCUGUCAUUCAGGGAUGUGGCCAUUGAUUUCUCUGCAGAGGAGUGGGAAUGCCUGGACCUUGCUCAGUGGAAUUUGUACAGGGAUGUAAUGUUGGAGAAUUACAGCAACCUUGUCUUCCUGGGUCUUGCAUCCUGUAAGCCAUACCUAGUCACAUUUCUGGAACAAAAACAAGGGCCUUCAGAUGUGAAGAGACCAGCAGCUGCUACCAUGCAUCCAGGGGGAAAGCCUUAUAAAUGUCAAGAAUUUGACAAGGCCUUUGAUUGGAACUCACUUCUUAUUCAACACCAGAGAAUUCAUCCUGUGGAGAAACCUUACAAAUGUGAAGAAUGUGGUAAGGCCUUUAGUGCUCACUCAGCACUUUCUAUACACCGUAGAAGUCAUACAGGAGAAAAACCCUACAAGUGUGAAGAAUGUGGCAAGGCCUUUAGUACUCGUUCAGCACUUUACAUACACAAGAAAAUUCAUUCUGGAGAAAAACCCUACAAGUGUGAGGAAUGUGCGAAAGCAUUUUAUUUCCCUUCAUUACUUAAGCAACAUCAAAGAACUCAUUCUGCAGAGAAUCUCUGCAAGUGUGAAGAAUGUGGCAAAGCAUUUUAUUUACCUUCAUUUCUUAAGCAACAUCAAAGAAUUCAUUCUGCAGAGAAUCCUUACAGGUGUGAAGAAUGUGGUAAAGCCUUUUCCUAUCCCUCAACCCUAAAACAACAUCAAAGAAUUCAUUCUGGAGAGAAACCAUACCGUUGUGAAGAAUGUGGCAAAGCAUUCCGUAGGUCUACGUACUUUCACCAACACCAAAGAAUUCACACUGGAGAGAAACCCUACCAGUGUGAAGAAUGUGGGAAAACAUUUUACUAUCGGUCAAACCUGAAGGGACAUCAAAUUAUUCAUUCUGGAGUAAAACCCUACAAGUGUGAAGUGUGUGGCAGCAUGUUUAGAACUAGCUCAGACCUUUCUAAACACCAGAGAAUUCAUGCUGAAGUGAAACUCUACAGUUGUGAAGAAUGUGGAAAAGCCUUUUCUACUCAUUCAUACCUCAUUCGGCACAAAUUAGGCCAUUCUAGAGAGAAACCAUACAAAUGUGAAGAAUGUGGCAAAACAUUUUGUUAUCCUUCAAUCCUUAAGGAACAUCAAAGAAUUCAUUCUGGAGUGAAACCCUAUAGUUGUGAGAUAUGUGGCAGCAUGUUUAGAACUCGCUCAGAACUUUCUAAGCACCAAAGAAUUCAUGCUGAAGUGAAACUCUACAGUUGUGAGGAAUGUGGAAAAGCGUUUUCUACUCACUCAUACCUUAUGCGGCACAGACUGGGUCAUUCUGGAGAGAAACCCUACAAAUGUGAGGAGUGUGGAAAAUCAUAUAGCUACCCUUCACUCCUUAAGGAACAUCAAAGAAUUCAUUCUCAAAACCCCUACAAGUGUGAAGUGUGUGGGAAGGUCUUUUGUACUCGCUCAGGACGUUCUAAACACCAGAGAAUUCACACUGGAGAGAAACCCUACAAGUGUCAAGAAUGUGGAAAGGGCUUUUCUACUCAUUCCUACCUUACUCUGCACAAAUUACUCCAUACUGGAGAGAAACCUUACAAAUGGGAAGAAUGUGGUGAGGUAUUUUAUACUUGCUGAAGACUUACUAAACACCAGUAUAUUCACACUGGAGAGAAACACCACAAAUGGAAUGAAUACGUCAAAACUCUUUACUUCGGACUUUACACAACACCAAGAAAAUUCAUAUGGAAGAGAAACCAUACCUGUAUUAAUCUUUAAGCCUUUACUAAACACAAGGGGCUUCCUGCUGUAGAGAAACCCUACAGAUGUAAAGAAUGUAGCAGAGUGUUUUACCAAACUUUAAGAAACAGCAAAGGCUCAUUCUCAAGAGAGUCCCUUCAAGUGUGAAGUGUGUGAAAAGGUACUGGGUGCCACCUUGAGCCUUCUGUCUAACAGAGCAUUUAUCCUGGAGAGAAACUGCAAGUGUGAUGAAUUUGGAAAAUUAUAUUUACUCAUCCCUGGUUCUGAUCAGUCUUGACAAAGUGUGCUGUGUGUGUGUUUGUGGUGGAGGGUGUGCUUGUUUUGUUUUAGGUUAAUUGUGGUCAGACCUGUUGAGUUUGGGAGGAACCAAUCCAUCUCUCUUGGACUCGGAUCCUGUAUUGUAUAAAAGGUGAAAGUGAACUGAGAACAACUGUUCAUCUAUCAUCCUCUGCUUUCUCACUAUUGAAGCAACACGAGCAGCUGCUUCAGCUCCUCUGCCUUAACUUUCUUACCAUGAUUCACAGUGUCAUGGUUUGAAUGAGAAAUGUCACCUGUAGUCUUGGAACAGGUCCGAACACUUGUUCCCUGAGUUGGUGCCCCUAUUUGGGUAGGUUCAGGAGUAGGUCAUUAGAGGUGAACUUUGAGAAUAAAAAGCUCCCUCUUUAUCCAGUUUGCUCUCUCUGCUUCUGGUUUGCCGUUGAGAAUGUGAACUCUUAGCUUCCUGCUUUGGCCACCAUGCAGCUUGUUGCCAUGCCCUCCCUCUGUCAUGGACUUUGAUCUCAUCUGUACCAUGAAGUGAAGUAAACUCAUUCCACUAUAAGUUGUGUUGGUCAUGGUGUUUCAUCACAACAGAAAAAUAAGUAAUAGAAACAUUGCCCUUGUACCAGGAACAGUAUGAAAUUGUUUCUCCUGACAUUGCUCAUACAAGGGUAUUUUAUCACAGCAAGAGGGGAAAUAAGGCUGUAAGCCAAAGAAUAGUAAAAAAUGUUACUUACUGUUACACACCGUGAUCUUUUGUUCCUAGUUCUUCUAUUGUCCUCCUUUUUGUCCCUGUCUUACCUCAUUCUUUCCCAAAACUACUUCCUUUUUGUACAUACACAAACAUCACAGAUGUAGUAACAGUAAAAAUUUACUACUGUGAUUAUUUUUCUCAGAAUUUGAUACCACAUGUGGUAUAUUCAUGUUGAUGUAAAUAUACUGUUAGUGUUUUAGAACACUUUUUUGCAUUUUUCUUUUUGUUAUUUUUGUUUGUUUUUUCAAGACAGGGUCUCUCUGCAUAGCCCUGGCUGUCCUAGAACUUGCUCUGUAGACCAGAGCAAACUCACAAAGAUAUAUCUGCCUCUGUCUACCAAGUGUUGGGAUUAAAGGCAUGUGCCAACACUGCCCAUCACCUUUUGGCAUUUUUGAUAUUAAGUUAUUGCCUCUCAUCCAGCUCAAAUUGAUUUUUCUGUAGGAUGAAAGACACAGAUCUAAUUUCAUCUUUUUACCACUGCACAUCUAGUUUUGCCACCUCUAAUUUUUGAAAAGGUUAUCCGUUCCACUACAUGGUUUUGGCAUUUUGUGGAAAAAAAAAAUAUUAAUAGUUUAUUGCCAUAUUGGUUCAAGUCUGCAUCUUACUUUACAUUACAUUGGUGUCUCUACUACUACUCUUUUUUGUUUUGUUUUGUUUGUUUUUAUGAGUACCUUGCAGCUCUUUUCACUAUGCUCUUGUAUAGUUUGAUGUCAGGUAAUGCUAUACAUCUAACUAUUAUUUCUGUAUAAAUUGUGUUUUCCUGUGGUCUUUUGUGUUCCCAAAGGGGUUUAGGGUUUUUUUGUUUUGUUUUUGUUUUUUUGUUUUCUAGUUCUAUGAUGAAUGUCAUUGAAAUUUUGCCCUGGAUUGCCUUGUGUGUGUGUAGGUAGCUUUUAAAAGUAUUGCCAUUUUUACAACAUGAGUUCUGCCAAUCCAUGAACAUGUGGUAGCUUUCUAUCAUCUACUGUCUUCCUUUGAAAACUGUUUUCAGUAUUUUAAGAUUUUGCGAAUAGAGUUUCAAUCCUGUCACAGAUACAUAGUGAGAGCCUGACUCAAAAACAAAACAAAAAGAAAUCUUUCAUCACCUUGGUUAGUGUUAUCCCAUACAUAUUUUACUUCUUCCCAUCAUCAUCAUCAUCAUGUUCCUCCACUUCUUUUUUUCUCCCAUUAUGAAUGGGCACUUUUUACUGACUUCAUUCUUAGAAUGUUUGUUUUUGAUGUAUAUAUAAAAGCUAAUAAUUUUUGCAUGUUGAUUUUGUAAGCUGAUAUUUUACUGAAAGUAUCAAGUUUUUAGUGGUGUAUUUGAGGUCUUUUAAAUAAAGAAUCCUGUCAU